CUGCACAGUUGUUUGGCUAAAGGUGGCUGUUGCUGGUCCUUGGUGUGGAACAUCCAUGGUUGGUUGCUUUGGGGAAUUCCUGCAAAAGAAUUUGGAACAACACUCACAGAAAAGAGCAAAAGAAAGAGCAACUUCUCAAUGCAGCAAUGAUUAGACAAGAUUCGCCAAUCUAGAUGAAUACAUCCAUCUCCACAACCGUUAACAUUUGUGGAAAACCCAUCGAGCAGAGGCUUUUUCGUGAUCUUACAAACUUUCAUUGAUUGGUCACGAAUAUUACAAUGAACUGUCGAGUAUUGAUGAGUCAUAUAUGAAGCUUUAUUAUAGUAGGAGCCACCCUCAUAAGGUGGCGAAACUAGUUCUAUGGUUCAGACGAUUUGGAAGUCGGAAAAUGCUCAGAGUUGUCCGACUUUUGGCUGUAAAAGGAACCAAAAUGGUGACGGCACUGAUUGUUGUGAUGUUAAUGCUUGUAUCACAUCUCUUGCUUUUGACGAUGUAUACUAAUCUCUACUACAGGCAAAUCGGCCAGAAAACAAUGGACGAUUAUAUUGCUCAGAACAAAAUCCAUGUCCAAAAUCCACGUUUUCUAAUGUACAAUACACAAAGUAAAUCGGGCUCAGACGCUGAUACUAUAAACACUAAUGGAGAAGUUGACUCUGAGAAGUAUGUGAAAUAUUCACAUCGAUGGCGACGAAAAAGCGAAAUUGAGAAUGAACAAAGCAAGAAUGACCAACCUAUAAAUAUAAAUACUCAACAAGGGACUUCUACAAACUCAGACGGGGUGGCUCAUGGCCAACCAGGAAGAAGUUUCAAUAGAUCUCUAAUUGUUUACCUAGAAAAUGAACAGAAGCCCAAAAUCCCUCAAUACAACAAAAACAAAUUGCUUGAUCUCAAACACAAUAGCAACAAUAAAACAAAACAAGUUCAGCCAAUUAAAAAUACUAAAGAAAAGCCACAGACAGGUGUUAAGAUUAAUAAAACUAAGAGCCACCCCAAUGCAAAUAAUAAUAAAGCAUCUAUAAAGAAGGACCAAAAAGUGAAAAAACUAGAACAGGACAGUGCUAAAAACAAACAAUUCCCAAACCCAGUUGCCCUAAAUGCAAAGCCUAAACCAAAGCCAACUGGGAAAACCAAAACCAACAAGACAGUUAUAGCAAAACCAAAACCAACCAAAGGAGCUAAGAAGAAAGGUGUCCAAAGCACAACCCCUAGUGGCCAUUCCAAAAACGGGAGUACAACAGCCAAGCCAUCUAUUGGCAAAAAUGCAGUAUUAAAAUUUGAAGAAAUUAACGUUAUCCACAAAAGUGAUAUUGAAUGGGAACCGACUGAUGACUGGAAAGAGGAGCAUUUAUUGAAAGUUCCAGUGAAAAAAAAUAAAAAAGAUAAAUAAACCAUCCAGUGAAUCCUGCCUUAACCUCUCUAGGGACCCAAUGAAAUUGGAACAUAGUUUAGCUGUAUCCUGUAUAAUUUCAUACAACAAUGUUUUCCAAAUUAGUAAAUACAUGUACUGUAUAUUGUACAGUCUUGCCACAAUAUACUGUAUGUGUCCAUUGACUGUCUAUCAUCGUAAAGUACUUAAGGUAAUCUAUAUAUGUCCUGAAAUUUUAAUGGGCUUCUCAUUGGAGUUCCAUGUUAUUUCCAGGUACAUAUAACUCACUCCAUACAUGCUGAUCUGCUGAUUCAGACCAUGUUAGGAUUGCGUUAUGUGCAUCUGAAAAUAACAUGGGACUCAAAUUGGGAAACCAGUAAAAUGUUUGACAUACAGAUCUACCUUUAAAUAUAUAAGCUUCCUAAUUUGUCUGACCGAUGUGAUCAGAAUUUGGGAAAACAAGCGACAAAAUGAUAAGUUAUUAUUCAAAUGUUUGUACUGUUUUUGAAAACCUAAUGUAAAGUGUCACAUGUUCAAUAGUUGCUAAUACCAUUUACAGGCAUUAUUAUUACAGAAGGCAAGCUUUUACGAAAUGGUACAGUCAUGAUUUUAAGGUUCACUUGUUUGUAAUCAAAGUAUUCUACCCUCUUUCAUGAAUGAACAGGGUGACCCAGAAAAUUUGACCCUCUUAUUUGAAAUAAUUAUGUUAUAGUGGAAGUUAUGGUGGAAUCUACUUUAAAGAAUUUUCUGAGAUAGUGAUGCUAUAUAAUGAUUCACCACAGUUUCACGCAUGAUCAUUAUCUAUGCAAGAAAUAUCACCAUAAUUAAAAAAGAUAUUUGCCAUUAGAAAUUUUCAUGUUUUGGGUCACCCUGUAAAUCAUUCAAGUGUGGCUGUUAUUUGUUUGUACCAUUUUAAGAAGAUGUUGCUAUGAAAAUCCACACCUUCAAAUACAUUGUGCAAUAUAAUAUGAGAAAUUCAGUAGUCUCAAAAUAUUACCAUAGUGAUACCAAAAAACACUUGAAGAUCACAAAUUGUGAUGUAAUGAUAUCUGUGGCAUCCAUAGUGGCACAAAUUAAGAAAUGGGAAAAUUAAAUAUGGGAAACAGGAUCGAAAUAAGGCAAUGUUAAAUUCUUCCUCUAUUUUGAAACUUACAUAAGUUUAAAAAUCAAAUUAUGGAUUUCAGAAACUUUAAAUAAUGAUGACCAUUUUGAGAUUAUAUAUGUUUAAUUGUUUGUGUUGUUUAUAGCAAAAUGUGUUUGAAAAUUCUGAGAUUUAGAAGAAGAUUUGUUGUAGUUACAACUUGAAUCAUUGAAUCAACUUGAUACACAUCAUAUCAGUCAUAUUGAAAAUAGUGCAAUUGAUAUUGC